AUGCGAUGUGAGUUUGGGGUCUUUCUGUCGAUUAGUAUAUGUUUACAAUAGUGAUAUGUCAUUUCCAUAUGGCGAUGUGUUUACAAUAGUUGUAUGUCACUUCAAUUUGGUGAUAUGUUUACGAAGUAUAGUUAUGUGUCUCUUUGUAGAUGUGUUUAUCAUAUGUAGCUAUAUAGUCCCUUGAUAUAGUUUUGUGUUUAUUUUAACAUGAAGAACACUAUUUCACGUACGAUUUUAGUGACCGUGCUGACUCUCGCAUUGAUUGCGAGUUAUGUGUAUUGUGAAGAACUGGGUACUCAGACCUUGAAUGUCAACAAGACCGAAGAUGCCAAGGAAAAGAGCUACCGUCUGUAUGUAGGAGAACAAGAAUACGUAGGUUUUAUUAUUAGGGUAUUCAUCAUAGUAGUAUGUUCAUGUCGUAAGGCUUUCUGCUUUUUACUACAUUGUUUUUCAAUUUACGUAAAAAUUAUUACUGUAAUAAGCUUUACAAACUUUUUUAAAUUUAUUUUUAAAUUGAUCAAUAAAUCAUGUUGCUUUCAGUCAUUAUUUCUUUCGUAUUUUAGCGUCUUCCAUUCAAAACCAGAAUCAGUGAACCAUUCAAGGAAGGCCAGACCAUCCACGCUGUUGGCAGAAUCUCAAAAGACCCUCAAAGGUAAUACUGCCAUUAUUUUUUUAUACAAGUAGGACAAAGUAAAUUAGGGUAGGAAAGGGUGAAGUUAAGUCAGAGUACAAGGUAUGGUAGGGUGUGUAAAAUAGAAGACGAAGUGAGAUUUUUAUAGAGUCCUUUUUUUUAGGAGGGGGGGGAGACCUAUUCACUCAUAACCUAGUCUUACUGACCGUGGUCAAUUUGAAAACUCAAAUAGAGUUUCCUUUUUCGCAUUACAAUAUAAUAAUCCUAACUUUUCAGAAUCGACUUCAACUUUCACAAGGGAGGAGCUAAAGACGCUGACGAACCAUUACACUUGAGCAUCCGAUUUGACGAAGGUAUCUUCUCAGGCAAGAUUGUCUACAACACCUUCAAGGAUGGCAACUGGAGCGAGAAGGAGGAGAGAAUCUCGUCGCCAUACAAGGCUGAAGAAGUCUUCGACAUCCGUGUUCGAAUCGUCGGUGGAAAGUACAAGGUGUACGGUAACAGAAAAGAGAUUGGCACUUUCGACCAAAGAGAGUCGUUGGAAGGUGUAGAUCAUGUAUCCAUCAACGGUGACUUGGACUCACUCAGAGUUUUCCAUUGUAAGUGUGUUGAUGUAUAUUGUAAAGAAAUUGUCGGUAUAUAAGGUUUGUUUUGGUCUAGAACAUCAUAGAAAGACUUAAGUUUCCCAUUGUUUAAAAGUACAAUAUUUUAAACUUAGAAAUGGCAUUAAAAGUAAAAUUUUAGACGGAGGUACCAUCUUCCCAAACCCCUACACAGCCAUCGCCAAGUUGAUCGUCGGCAAGCGAUUGGACAUUUCCGGAAUCCCAAACGGCAAGAAGUUCAACAUCAACCUGUACCGUGGCAACAUGGAAUACGCUUUGCAGUUGUCGAUUCGAUACAAUGAAGGAGCCAUUGUGAGAAAUGCUAUGGUCAACAACGAAUGGGGAAAGGAAGAGAGAGAGGGCGAGUUCCCACUCAACAAAAACGAAAUGUAAGUUUGGUUUUUGAGGCAAAAGAGGAAGAUUUACUUCCAGAAAACUUUUCUUUGAAGCCUUUAAUAACAAAAACAAAAUAAGAGAUCUAAAAUUACGGAAAAUUGUGAAAAAGUCCUUUUUAAUAGCUUAAAAUUACACUAAAAACAUAUAAUUGUUUGAAAAAACUACAACAAUAUAAAAACAAUCUUCAGCUUCGACGUCACCGUGAUCAACGAGAGCUACAGCUUCCAAAUCUUCAUCAACGGCAAACGCUUCACCACCUUUGCUCAUCGUGGAAGUGCCAACGACGUCGAGACUCUCGAGAUCGAAGGCAAUGUCGAAGUCCAAACCGUCACGAUAAACGACGCCGUUCCCAAGUAA